AAAAAUGCCUACCACAUAAAAAGAGGGGUACAAACAAACCCCAAAUGAAUAACUUGGAAAGACUCACAGAAAGCAAGUCCGAUAUUGAAUAUAAAAGAAAAUUAAAUAAAAUUUCAAAGGACAAGGAAGAAAAGAAGAAGGUUGCCUACUCUUAUCUCAAGACUAUCUCCAAGAUGGGCUAUGAUUUUGAUGAUUCUAUCAAACAACAUAAAAGAAAGAUGGAAAAAGUGAAGGAAAAGAAGGAAACCAAGAAAGAUCCAUUCAAAAAAGAAAGAGAGGAAUUCGAAAGAAAACAAAUGGAAAAACAACAGGCAAUAGAGGAAAAAAACAAGGCCAAGGAGGAACUCCAACGUAAACAUUACGAAAGAGAAAAGAAGAGAAAAUACAUGAGAAGAACCAAUAACAGAGGUCAGCCAGUCCUCAAACAUCAAAUGAGUCAAAUUUUGAAGAAAAUUUCAGAUACCAAAUAGAUUGACAAGUUGUAGAUAAUAGGAAUAAUUCGACCUAAACCCAACCAGGUUUUCAACACUCUCUGGUCACAAUUAUUACAACAAUAAUGGAUCCAUCACACACAGGAUUGAUAAUAAUGAGGAAACAACCAUGAUUCAUUAGCCAAGAUAACAAAGAAUAAAAACUUCAAAAAAAAUGUUAGG